UCUUUGCAGUCUGCAUUGCAGUUCCAUUUUCUGUUUCUGAAAAUAGUUUGUUUUCGUUUCUUUUACACAGUCUAUGACAGACAUUAGUGCUCUAUAUAGUUAUAAAAAAAUUGUGUUUUCGUUAGACAAAAGCAAUGGCUAAACGGAGAAUAGAAAUUAUUACUGAUCCUUUUUUGAAGAGAUUGAGGGAAGAGAAGGGCAUGCCUACGUCCGUGUAUACUGAAGUGCCAGCAAACACUUCAACUAAUAAAAUGAAUCCACUAAACAAUCUUCCAUAUUCACAUCGUUUUCACGAAUUAUAUAAAAAACGUAUUCAAUUACCUGUUUUUGAAUACCAAGCUCAGUUCAUGAAGCUACUGAAUGAGAACAAAUGCAUUGUCUUAGUUGGUGAAACAGGGUCUGGAAAAACUACACAAAUUCCUCAAUGGUGCGUUGACUAUUCACGAAUGUGUGGGAAUAAAGGUGUUGCGUGCACACAACCUCGUAGAGUAGCAGCUAUGUCUGUUGCUCAACGUGUUUCAGAAGAAAUGGAUGUUGUUCUUGGUCAAGAAGUUGGAUAUAGUAUUCGAUUUGAGGAUUGCUCUUCAGCUAAAACUGUAUUGAAAUACAUGACUGAUGGUAUGUUACUUCGAGAAGGUAUGAGUGAACCUAUGUUGGAGUCAUACCAGGUAAUAUUAUUAGACGAAGCUCAUGAACGUACACUUGCAACAGACAUCUUGAUGGGAGUCCUGAAAGAAGUGGUUAAACAACGUAGUGAUUUGAAAUUAGUUAUUAUGUCUGCUACAUUAGAUGCUGGAAAGUUUCAACAAUAUUUUGAUAAUGCUCCACUUAUGAAUGUACCAGGCCGAACACAUCCAGUAGAGAUUUUUUAUACUCCAGAACCAGAAAGAGAUUAUUUAGAGGCUGCUAUAAGGACAGUCAUUCAAAUUCACAUGUGCGAAGAAAUUGCUGGAGAUAUAUUAUUAUUUUUAACCGGGCAAGAAGAAAUUGAAGAAGCUUGCAAGAGAAUUAAACAAGAAAUAGAUAAUCUAGGUCCAGAUGUGGGUGAUUUAAAAUGUAUCCCAUUAUACUCCACAUUACCACCAAAUUUACAACAAAGAAUCUUUGAGGCUGCACCUCCAAACAAGGCAAAUGGUGCCAUUGGAAGGAAAGUUGUUGUUUCAACAAACAUAGCAGAAACUUCAUUAACAAUAGAUGGUGUAGUUUUUGUGAUAGAUCCAGGAUUUGCUAAACAAAAAGUAUAUAAUCCUAGAAUUCGGGUUGAGUCAUUGUUGGUCUCACCGAUUAGUAAAGCUUCUGCACAACAGCGGGCUGGAAGAGCUGGUAGAACUCGUCCUGGGAAAUGCUUUAGGCUCUAUACUGAAAAGGCAUUCAAGAAUGAAAUGCAAGAUAACACAUAUCCUGAGAUCUUACGUUCAAAUUUGGGGUCUGUGGUUCUUCAAUUAAAAAAAUUGGGCAUAGAUGAUCUUGUGCAUUUUGAUUUCAUGGAUCCUCCUGCUCCUGAAACAUUGAUGAGAGCACUUGAAUUACUUAAUUACUUGGCUGCACUAGAUGAUGAUGGUAAUCUUACAGAUCUAGGAGCAGUGAUGGCUGAAUUCCCUCUUGAUCCCCAACUAGGAAAAAUGUUGAUUGCCUCAUGUAACCAUAAUUGUUCUAAUGAAAUAUUAUCCAUUACGGCUAUGCUGUCAGUCCCGCAGUGUUUUGUCCGGCCCAACGAGACUAAGAAAGCUGCUGAUGAGGCUAAGAUGAGGUUUGCGCAUAUCGAUGGGGACCACUUAACGCUGCUGAAUGUCUACCACGCGUUCAAACAAAAUAUGGAAGAACCUCAAUGGUGUUAUGAUAAUUAUGUAAAUUAUCGAUCCCUUAAGUCUGGUGAUAAUGUUCGUUCCCAAUUGUCUCGUAUCAUGGACCGGUUUGACUUGAAGAGGACGAGCACCGAUUUCAAUUCCAAGGAUUAUUAUAUUAACAUUCGCAAAGCAUUAGUUAAUGGAUUCUUCAUGCAGGUGGCCCACUUGGAAAGGACUGGUCAUUAUUUAACUAUUAAAGAUAAUCAAAUUGUGCAGUUACAUCCCAGUACAUGUUUGGAUCAUAAACCAGAAUGGGUUAUUUAUAAUGAAUUUGUACUUACUACUAAAAACUACAUAAGGGCUGUAACAGAUAUCAAACCUGAGUGGCUUCUGAAAAUUGCACCCCAAUAUUAUGACUUAAAUAAUUUCCCCCAUUGUGAAGCUAAAAAGCAACUAGAACAAAUAUGGACACAAAUUGAGAGUGGACGCCGUUAAGUUAGUUGCAAAUAAAAUGCAAUACAUAAAUUAUUUUUAAUUUGUAUAUUGAUACAACUAUUUAAAUUGUAAAAAUGAGUGCAUGUAUUAUAUUUAUAUAUCGAACUUCACGCAAUUCCA